ACAUUGGAUCGAUCACGUCCCAGGACAAACCAACAACGAACGACGAUCCUUGAUCAAGCUUCACUUUGUCGUCUAUCCAAAAGGUAUGCAUUGCAACACAAGGGAAAACCGAUUCAUUUUUAGGAGAAUCUUCUGUUCGUUUACAGCGAUGCCACUUGCCAUAUCAACUCACACAUUUUUAUUGGUUGAUGACACAAUAUCGUAUCAAUAGGAUGGCACAAGUAUGGCAGGCUCUGUGCCUACCUCAAUCUUUCCUACAACACUUGGGCCCGCAAAAACUUCCUCCGAACCCUUCGGCCCGUGACCAUGCUGGAACAGCUAAAUGCAUGGUGGAUUUUUAUUACUACCUGGACCAAUGCCAUGUUCGAGUUGCACGUCGGAUGGCCCAACCUCACCUACAUUCUUGCGGCCUACUGGCUGGGCGAGACACCCUUUCUUGUUUUGACCUCGUUCCGACACUACUUUGUCUACAUUUCUACAUUUGCCUACCGUACCCCACCCGUGGCGCAUGGAUUCCUGAUGCGGGACUGCAAGCUGUACAAAACUCUUGCCCUGAUGCACUUGUCCAAGCGUCUGCUGCCCCUCGUAGCACUGCCGAGGGAUAUUCCCGGCAUUGCGAUGUCGCUGGUGGGCUUUUCCAUCACGAUCCUGGCCACCAUGCAGCUCGGCAUGGUGCGCACCUACUUUGGAUCCGAGCUCGGUUUCGUCAAACCCUCUUGGAUCGAUGGCUUUCCCUACAAUAUCAUCCCCCACCCCAUGAUUGUUGGGCAAAUGGUGGGGUUCUCGAGUAUUUUGUACUGGUGGAAAGAUCAGAUACCAGAGGAAACAGCUGCCCUGCUCGGUGUCCACAUGAGUUUCUACACGGUUCAUAUGGUCCAAGAAAUGCUCACCUCCAGUUACUGAGACCCAAUAAGAGCAUUGCAAUCUG